UUUUCUUUUUCUUUUCCCUUUUUUUUGUGAUUAAAAAUGAACUUAACAAUGACUAUGUGCAUGAAAUUCAGUUUAUUAACUAAAAAAAAAUGAUUCUACUGUAUAAAUAGAAAGGAAAUUGUAUCACUCAGCUUUAGUUGCAGACAUGGCCAGCCACGCAGCUCUAGCUUAUUCAAGAGUACCAAUCAACACAAGGCUGCCCUCCAAGAACUCCCACUCUGUCCCCACCCAAUGCUUCUCCAAGAGGCUUGAAGUCGCUGAGUACUCUGGCCUUAGAGCCAGUACAUGUAUGAACUACGCCAAUAAUGGAAGGGAUGCAUCCUUCUUCGAUGUUGUGGCUGCCCAACUUACUCCCAAGACAACCGGAUCAGCUCCAGUCAGAGGAGAAACAGUGGCAAAACUGAAGGUGGCAAUCAACGGAUUUGGACGCAUUGGCAGGAACUUCCUUCGAUGCUGGCAUGGCCGUAAAAACUCACCUCUUGAUGUUAUUGUUGUCAACGACAGCGGUGGUGUCAAGAACGCUAAACACCUACUAAAAUAUGAUUCUAUGCUGGGGACUUUCAAAGCAGAUGUGAAAAUACAGGACAAUGAAACCAUCACCGUUGAUGGUAAGCCCAUCAAGGUUGUCUCUAGCAGGGACCCUCUCAAGCUUCCUUGGGCUGAGCUUGGCAUCGACAUUGUCAUUGAGGGAACAGGAGUGUUUGUAGAUGGCCCUGGUGCUGGGAAACACAUCCAAGCUGGUGCUAAGAAAGUCAUCAUCACUGCUCCAGCUAAAGGUGCUGACAUUCCAACCUAUGUUGUUGGGGUAAACGAAAAGGAUUACUCCCAUGAGGUUGCUAAUAUUGUAAGCAAUGCUUCUUGCACCACAAACUGUUUGGCUCCUUUUGUGAAGGUCAUGGAUGAAGAACUUGGCAUUGUCAAGGGAACCAUGACAACCACUCAUUCCUACACCGGAGACCAGAGGCUCUUGGAUGCUUCACACCGGGACUUGAGGCGAGCCAGGGCUGCAGCUCUGAACAUAGUCCCAACAAGCACUGGUGCAGCCAAGGCCGUGUCUUUGGUGCUACCCCAGUUGAAGGGCAAGCUCAACGGCAUUGCACUCCGUGUGCCUACACCUAACGUGUCAGUUGUUGACCUUGUAGUGAACGUUGCGAAGAAGGGCAUUUCAGCAGAAGAUGUCAAUGCAGCCUUCAGAAAAGCAGCCGAGGGACCAUUGAAGGGCAUAUUGGCUGUGUGUGAUGUCCCUCUUGUUUCAGUAGACUUCCGGUGCUCUGAUGUUUCUUCCACCAUCGACUCUUCAUUGACCAUGGUCAUGGGUGAUGAUAUGGUUAAGGUGGUUGCCUGGUACGACAAUGAAUGGGGAUACAGCCAAAGGGUUGUUGAUUUGGCUCAUCUGGUAGCAAGCAAGUGGCCAGGUGCAACUGUAGCAGGAAGCGGAGACCCAUUAGAGGACUUCUGCGAGACAAACCCGGCUGAUGAGGAAUGCAAAGUCUAUGAAGCUUAGAUGACUAGCUGCAAUGCUGCAUCAUCUUUUUGGCUUAUUGCCUUGGGCUGAGGUUUCAUCGAUCGUUCAUUUUUUUUUUUCCAAUUCUGUUGUAAUGAAAGUCGAGGGAGAGGAUCAACAAAGUCAUCGGACAGUAAAAUAUCAAGCCAGUUCUCCCACUCUGUAAUAAUCUUUCAAAACUAACGAUUGUCAAUGAUGAGUUGUGUGAAAAUGGUAAUUCAGUAGUUGUACCAAUAA